UGAUGGAUAAUUUGACAUUUGAAUUGACAUUUUGACAAUCGAUGUACGUUUGUCGGAAUUUCGUGAUGUGUUUUUUUCCGACUUGUAUUGCGAGAUGAUUCGGUUCGCAGAUCUGUUUAUUAACUUUUAUUAAGAUCUUAAAUUCCAAUAUCUUUAAUCCUCAGUGGUCUUCCUAAGAUUUGUGUUUUCUUUAUCGUUUUGCGUCGGUUUCCGAGUCCUACGCAGCUCGUGAUAGGUUAUGUUGUGCCCUCCGUCUUUGCAGGUCGAAAAAUAAACACACAAUAUGGAUCCGAACAUCUACGCGUUGGUCCUCGACACCCUCAACCGGGCAACGAGCCAGGACACCGAGGUGUUGAAGCCGGCUGAGAAGAAGCUCCAGGAAUGGGAGAUAGAGCCCGGCUUCUAUUCUGUUUUACUGGAUGUGCUCUCCAACCACUCCAUCGACAUAAACGUGCGAUGGCUGGCGGUGAUGUGCUUCAAGAACGGCGUCGACCGCUACUGGCGGCGGAACGCGCCCAACGCGAUCACGGACGACGAGAAACAGAAGCUCCGGCUCGGGCUUCUCACCACGAAUAUAUUGAGCGAGCCCGUCACGCAGAUCGCGACGCAGCAAGCUGUGCUCAUAUCAAAAAUUGCCAGGUUUGAUUGCCCAACGAACUGGCCCAACCUAGUGCCAGAUCUUAUCGGAGCCUUGAAGGCGCCGCAGCCCUUAGUGCAGCAUAGAUCUUUGCUGAUCUUCCACCACUUGGUCAAGGCUUUGGCCUCCAAGAGAAUGAUUGGUGAUAGGAGAAUUUUUCAGGAGCUAACAAACUCCGUAUACGCGUUCAUCCUAAACCUCUGGCACGAGAACACUGAAGUUUUCCUCCGUAACAUCCAAGAGGGCGCUGCCACCGAGCUGAUAACGGAACAUCUGGAGAAGGCGCUCCUCUGCCUCAGGAUAUUGAGGAAACUCACCGUCUUUGGGUUCAAGAAGGCACACGAGAGCCAGGAUGCGGUCGCUUUCUUGAAUGUGGUGUUUGACAGGGCAAAGACUAGCUUGGAGUGCCGCAAGCUCCUCAAAGGCCGCGGGAUCUACCCCCUAGAACUAUGUGAGAAGUUCAUCAUCCACCUCACUAAAGUGGCACUAGGGGUGCUAAGUUUCCACCCUUUCUCCUACGUGCCUCUCAUCAGGCCAUCCCUGCAGUUUGCCCUUUACUACUGCUUUACGGAACAAGGCAUGACCCUGGGCUAUGAAAGGUUCACUAUACAGUGCCUGAAUAUCGUCAAAGGUGUGCUUUUGUGCGCUGAGUACAAACUGCCUAAAGGCACGGAGCCGGUUAAAGAGCCAUUAACACUAGAAGCGCACCAAGCCAAAAUGGAGGUGCUAGACCCGAACACGGUCUGUCAUAUGUGCCGGCACCUGGUCAGCCACUACUUCGUGCUCAGCGCCGACGACCUGGCGCUGUGGGACGCGGAGCCCGAGAGCUUCGCCACCGACGAGGCGGGCGAGUCCUGGAAGUAUAGCCUGAGGAUGUCUCAAGAUGGGGUGCUAGACCCGAGCACAGUGUGCCACAUGUGCCGGCACCUGGUCAGCCACUACUUCGUGCUCAGCGCCGACGACCUGGCGCUGUGGGACGCGGAGCCCGAGAGCUUCGCCACCGACGAGGCGGGCGAGUCCUGGAAGUAUAGCCUGAGGAUGUCUCAAGAUGGGGUGCUAGACCCGAGCACAGUGUGCCACAUGUGCCGGCACCUGGUCAGCCACUACUUCGUGCUCAGCGCCGACGUCCUUUAUUGUCGAAUGCAGGAACUCACCUCUUUCUUUAGUUUUGUGCCUCAACGGGUUAUCAGUUCUUCGUACUAUGUGAAUUCCGAGAGCUUCGCCACCGACGAGGCGGGCGAGUCCUGGAAGUAUAGCCUGAGGAUGGAGGUGCUAGACCCGAGCACAGUGUGCCACAUGUGCCGGCACCUGGUCAGCCACUACUUCGUGCUCAGCGCCGACGACCUGGCGCUGUGGGACGCGGAGCCCGAGAGCUUCGCCACCGACGAGGCGGGCGAGUCCUGGAAGUAUAGCCUGAGGAUGUCUCAAGAUGGGGUGCUAGACCCGAACACGGUCUGUCAUAUGUGCCGGCACCUGGUCAGCCACUACUUCGUGCUCAGCGCCGACGACCUGGCGCUGUGGGACGCGGAGCCCGAGAGCUUCGCCACCGACGAGGCGGGUGAGUCCUGGAAGUAUAGCCUGAGGAUGGUGGUGCUAGACCCGAGCACAGUGUGCCACAUGUGCCGGCACCUGGUCAGCCACUACUUCGUGCUGAGCGCCGACGACCUGGCGCUGUGGGACGCGGAGCCCGAGAGCUUCGCCACCGACGAGGCGGGCGAGUCCUGGAAGUAUAGUCUGAGGAUGUCUCAAGAUGGGGUGCUAGACCCGAACACGGUCUGUCAUAUGUGCCGGCACCUGGUCAGCCACUACUUCGUGCUCAGCGCCGACGACCUGGCGCUGUGGGACGCGGAGCCCGAGAGCUUCGCCACCGACGAGGCGGGCGAGUCCUGGAAGUAUAGCCUGAGGAUCUCUCAAGAUAGGGUGCUAGACCCGAAUACGGUCUGUCAUAUGUGCCGGCACCUGGUCAGCCACUACUUCGUGCUCAGCGCCGACGACCUGGCGCUGUGGGACGCGGAGCCCGAGAGCUUCGCCACCGACGAGGCGGGCGAGUCCUGGAAGUAUAGCCUGAGGGCAAAUGGAGGAGUACCCAUCAGUGAGGGACCGAGGAAGAAGAAGAAGGGAAGCUCCAUCGCCCUUUGCCCUUUGGUCACCUCUUUCUUUAGUUUUGUGCCUCAACGGGUUAUCAGUUCUUCGAACUAUGUGAAUUCCGAGAGCUUCGCCACCGACGAGGCGGGCGAGUCCUGGAAGUAUAGCCUGAGGAUGGCGCUGCUAGACCCGAGCACAGUGUGUCACAUGUGCCGGCACCUGGUCAGCCACUACUUCGUGCUCAGCGCCGACGACCUGGCGCUGUGGGACGCGGAGCCCGAGAGCUUCGCCACCGACGAGGCGGGCGAGUCCUGGAAGUAUAGCCUGAGGAUGUCUCAAGAUGGGGUGCUAGACCCGAGCACAGUGUGCCACAUGUGCCGGCACCUGGUCAGCCACUACUUCGUGCUCAGCGCCGACGACCUGGCGCUGUGGGACGCGGAGCCCGAGAGCUUCGCCACCGACGAGGCGGGCGAGUCCUGGAAGUAUAGCCUGAGGAUGUCUCAAGAUGGGGUGCUAGACCCGAGCACAGUGUGCCACAUGUGCCGGCACCUGGUCAGCCACUACUUCGUGCUCAGCGCCGACGACCUGGCGCUGUGGGACGCGGAGCCCGAGAGCUUCGCCACCGACGAGGCGGGCGAGUCCUGGAAGUAUAGCCUGAGGCCCUGCACCGAAGCGCUCUUCAUGGAACUGUUCCAGUUCCGCAACGUACUAGCUCCAGAGCUAGUACGUUUGCUGGCGUCGCUUCAACAGCAGCAGAUAUCGCCGGACGACCUGCCCGCCAUACUGAAGACCGACGCCAUAUACAACGCGGUCGGGCUGGCCGCCUUCGACUUGUAUGACGACGAGCAGAUAUCGCCGGACGACCUGCCCGCCAUACUGAAGACCGUCGCCAUAUACAACGCGGUCGGGUUGGCCGCCUUUGACUUGUAUGACGACCUAGUGCGGUUGCUGGCGUCGCUUCAGCAGCAGCAGAUAUCGCCGGACGACCUGCCCGCCAUACUGAAGACAGACGCCAUAUACAACGCGGUCGGGUUGGCCGCCUUUGACUUGUAUGACGACCAGCAGAUAUCGCCGGACGACCUGCCCGCCAUACUAAAGACAGACGCCAUAUACAACGCGGUCGGGUUGGCCGCCUUCGACUUGUAUGACGACCAGCAGAUAUCGCCGGACGACCUGCCCGCCAUUCUGAAGACCGACGCCAUAUACAACGCGGUCGGGCUGGCCGCCUUCGACUUGUAUGACGACCUAGUGCGGUUGCUGGCGUCGCUUCAACAGCAGCAGAUAUCGCCGGACGACCUGCCCGCCAUACUGAAGACCGACGCCAUAUACAACGCGGUCGGGCUGGCCGCCUUUGACUUGUAUGACGACCAGCAGAUAUCGCCGGACGACCUGCCCGCCAUACUGAAGACCGACGCCAUAUACAACGCGGUCGGGCUGGCCGCCUUUGACUUGUAUGACGACCAGCAGAUAUCGCCGGACGACCUGCCCGCCAUACUGAAGACCGACGCCAUAUACAACGCGGUCGGGUUGGCCGCCUUCGACUUGUAUGACGAUCAGCAGAUAUCGCCGGACGACCUGCCCGCCAUACUGAAGACCGACGCCAUAUACAACGCGGUCGGGCUGGCCGCCUUUGACUUGUAUGACGAUCAGCAGAUAUCGCCGGACGACCUGCCCGCCAUACUGAAGACCGACGCCAUAUACAACGCGGUCGGGCUGGCCGCCUUCGACUUGUAUGACGACCUAGUACGGUUGCUGGCGUCGCUUCAACAGCAGCGGAUAUCGCCGGACGACCUGCCCGCCAUACUGAAGACCGACGCCAUAUACAACGCGGUCGGGCUGGCCGCUUUCGACUUGUAUGACGACGUGACGCUGUUAGAACCUCUCUCGAGGCCAGACGAGGACGCGGCAGUGAAGCUAGCAGCGGCCGAAGCGCUGCGAAGCACGAUAGACGACUUCAACUUCGACGUGAAACAGUUCGCACCGUAUGCGCCGCACGCGAUCGCAGCGCUUUACGAGUUGUUGGUGGAGUCCGAAGAGUGUGACACGAAGAUGCACGUACUACACGUGGUGUCUUACAUAAUGGAACGCUGCGGCGCGCACGUGGCACGUGGAGGUGGCACAGGCGCUUUGUUUGCGUACUUACCCCAGUUAUGGGGACACGCGGCGUCUGCGCACCAUAAUAUGCUGCGAGCAGCCGCGCUUGCAGCUAUACAUCAUCUACUGAAGGCGCUAGGCGAAUGUUCUCCCACCAUCCGACCAUGGAUCCUGAGCGUUGUAAACGAGUCCACCAAGCUAUCGGAACCGGCACACGUGUAUCUUCUUGAAGAUGCUUUAGAGCUAUGGCUGGCCAUAUUGGAGACGUCGCAAGUGGCCGACCCGCCCUUACUGCAGCUGGCUGAUAAUCUUUAUCCGAUAUUGGAACAGUCUUCCGAGCACCUCCGAAUCGUGGUCUACAUAAUGCAAGCCUACACACUCCUCUGCCCAGAAGAGUUCCUCCUUGGCCCUGGAGGGAAGUGCAUGGCCCUCCUAGACGAGUUACUAGCAGACAUGCGGACAGAAGGAGUGAUUACCGUGUUGAAAAUGGCGGAGAUUUGCAUCAGCGUGACGUUUCCGGAGCGGAACGCGUUCUUGGGAGUGAAGGUCAUAUGGCCGAUACUGAUUAGGGUUAUACAUUUACUACUAGAUACCAACGACCUUCCAAUGGUCCUAUCAGUGCAGCUGUGCUUAGUAUCGCGGGUGAUCCUGCUAUCCUCUGAGUUAUUCUACAAGGCGAUACAAGAGGCGUCAGUCGGACUGGUGGAGUAUGACUCGGACCCGGCUAAAGUUCUGGCCAGGUUUCUACACGUUUGGACAGACAAAAUGAACCUAGUCACGCAGGUCGAAAGGUGGAAAGUUGUUGGUCUCGGUUUGGCGGCGCUUCUCACGACGCAGAACCCGACGGUGCUACAACGGUUCCCAGCAAUCCUGCUUAACCUCACGGAGGUGUUGAAUGACGUCAUGAAGACGGAGGACAAUGGCACGUAUGUCGAUGGGCUGGUAGCCCCGCCCGGGUCGCGACCGGCGUCGCCGCUAGAAGGGCGUGGAGGCGCCGCUCGCUGGGGCCAGGCGCCGCCGCCCGACUCGCCGCACGAGCUGCGCCGGCGCCGGUUGGCCGCUGCUCAUCCCGCCCACGCGAUCGAUCUGCGCGCCGUUACGCAUCAUCAGGUGAGACAAAGUUCUUAUUUAGAAAGAAAGAAAGGCCCGACUCGCCGCACGAGCUGCGCCGGCGCCGGUUGGCCGCUGCUCAUCCCGCCCACGCGAUCGAUCUGCGCGCCGUUACGCAUCAUCAGGUGA